UUGAUCUGGCCGCUGUAUUCCUCGCGCUGCGGCGGCUGCUGCUCUGUGUUGUGUUGGGCUGGAGCUGCAGCGCUGACAUGGUGAGCGGACCGGUGCGGGAAACACACCACCACACCUCUCACCGCUGCAGGCGACAAGUGGCUCAUCAAAAUGUUCUGGAUUCUUCGACAUACCUUCCCACUUCUACUAACUGUGCACGUCAUAUAUUCAACUGUGAUUCCUGUGGGGGCCGAGGAGGAGACCAGAGAAUGCAGAGAACAGGAGUACAGGGACCGGUUCGGGAACUGUAAACCCUGCAAGCAGUGUGAUGCCGGAAAGGAGCUAUCAAAGGAAUGUGGCUUUGGUUAUGGAGAGGAUGCCCGGUGCUUGCCCUGCCGGAGCAGUCGCUUUAAGGAGGAUCGGAGUCUGCAGAAAUGCAAACCCUGCCUGGACUGUGGACUCAUCAACCGCUUCCAGAAGGGCAACUGUUCCACCACCAGCAACGCUGUGUGCGGUGACUGUCUGUCGGGAUAUUACAGGAAGACAAAAUUAAGUGGUUUUCAAGACAUGGAGUGUAUACCCUGUGGGGACCCUCCACCUCCAUAUGAGCCUCACUGCAGCGGGCGCGUGAACCUGGUGCCGCUGCCCUCGGUGGAGACCAGCCCGCGGGACAUGGCCCUGGCUGCGGUCAUCUGCAGCGCUCUGGCCACCGUGCUGCUGGCGCUGCUGGUCCUGUGUGUCAUCUACUGCAAGAGACAGCUGCUGGAGAAGAAGCCCAGUGCUGCCUCUCUGAGGAUCCAGGAUUGUCCCUACAGUGGAGCAGAGCUGUCCUGCCUGGACCCCCGCUGGCUCCAAGACCUUCCCCCGAGACCCUGCUGCCAGUGUCGCCUCGGCCCCGGACACACCUGUGGACCAGUCCACCUGAUCCCAUCUCUGUGCUGUGAUGAGAGCUGCAGUCUGGGCCGCAGCCUGGACAACAGUCCCUUCCAGUCCCAGAUGAGCCUCAGUGACAGAAAUACACAUCACGAUGAGGAGAGUUUAGAGCCCGCGGAGUGUUUGUGGGGGCCUCAGUGCAACGCCGAACCUGCAGGGAGACUGGAGGUGGAGGAAGAUGAUGAAGGGGAGGGCCGCAAGUCGAGGGAGAAUUCACCCGAGAUGACCAGAAAGAGCUACAGUGAAGCUGUGACGGAUGCAUCAAGCCAGGAAGGAUGACAUGGAUUUCUUUGGCUCAUGUUCCACCCUGGACUCAACAACAGCCGUGGCCAGAUCCCAGAUGAGAUUACUCUCUAUCCCCCCCACCCCCCAUUCAGAUGAGCAGCAGCCUCUCAAGUGUGGUCACACCGCCUCUUUGAAACGCCGCGGACCUCAGCGUCGAGGGGUCCAAAUAGAAUAUGUGCAUAAAUGCAAACAAAAAGCACUGCUGAGGAAAAUCAAAGCACGAGGGCAAAGGGGACAGAGAGAUACACAAACAUGCACACGCACACACACAAAGAAUGUGAACUCACUGGCCCAGAAGGUGAAAUCAAAUGAAGUUCAAACGUCGAGGAGUAUUGACUUUUUACCGUCAAUCAAAGUGAAUCAAAGUGAGCCUCUGCUCUGCCUUGAGAACGUCUUUCAUAUUCAUGUAGGAGAACAUAAACUGUACCACUGCAGUAGCAGGUGGUGUUAUGAAGCGUUUGUGUGUCAAGGUAACACAUUUGAGGUGUGAAGAAAAGUUAUUAUGUUGCACAUUGAAGACAAUCUUGAUAAUAUGGAGCAAGUUAAAACAAGGAAUGUCAAAGUGAUAGAUUUGUUGUAGAUACUGUAAAAUAUUAAAUAGGUAAAUAUUUUUGUAACAUAGACAUGACUGACAAUAUGUUUGCUUUACUUUCCACAGUUAGUGUUGUUGAUUGUGAUUGGUCACAUCCAAAUAUUGUUUUUGUAAUUAAACCACUUGAACAAGUUUACAUACUAAGGAAUUUUUUCUUAUUUUAUUCUUUAUUCUUAAAUCAAGCGAUUUAGUAUUGCAACUCACGGGGUUGGGGGAUUUAUGUAAAACACAAUUAAUGCCCUGACAAAUCCUGGCUUUAAUUUGCCAUGACGCAAAUCUAGAGCUGAAACAAUGAAUGGAUAAACAGAAAAAUGUGUGUCAGGAUUUGAUAGACAAAGCAAUUGAUAAUUCGGGCAAAAAUAUUUAAAAAAAGAUGAAUCAAUAAAGCAAUUGUUAAUUGCAUCCCUGCAA